CUCUGCACGAUAGAAUAGCUAAUAUGUGACUUUUUUUUUUUUUUAUCCUUCCUAGGACUCUACCAAGGAGGCAGCAGAUAUUGUCAUCCUGCAACUCUUCCAACAAAGGAAUGAUAUUCAAACCAGUGAGCUUUUGAUCAUCACAAACUGUUGUUGAUACAAUGAACACCACUGGUGCACCAUUGGACCUGGUGGAUGUGCCAAGACAGCAGAACUUCAAUGGCACCCUGAGUGCACAGCCCCCCUCAGGAUGGGCUGUCAUCCACACUGCUACCCUAACCUCCUGCUCGCUCCUCCUCAUCUUCAUCUUCUGUCUGGGCUCUUACGGCAACCUGGUUGUGUUCCUGUCCUUUUUUGACCCGGCGUUUCGCAAGUUCCGCACCAACUUUGACUUCAUGAUCCUCAACCUGUCGUUCUGUGAUUUGUUCAUCUGCUGCGUGACUGCCCCCAUGUUUGCUCUGGUGCUCUUCUUAGACGCGGGAGGAGGAGAUGGUGUGUCUAAGAGUUUCUGCUUUGCCUUCCACCUCACCAGCUCAGGCUUCAUCAUCAUGUCCCUGGAGACGGUGGCCGUCAUCGCCUUGCACAGACUGCGCAUGGUCCUGGGUCAGCAGCCCAACCGUACUGCCUCCUUCUCCUGCACACUGGCCCUCACGGCCCUGCUGUGGACAUCCAGCUUCACCAUGGCUGCCCUUCUCACCAUGCGCGCUUUUCCACGUAAAGAUGGACCCUGCUUGCCCCACUUUGGCCUGGCAAGCGGGCAGGCCAGGGUUGUCCUUUAUGUCUAUCUGGCAGACUUUGCCUUUUGUGUGGCUGUGGUGUCGGUGUCCUAUCUGAUGAUUGCUCAGACCCUGAGGAAGAAUGCACAAGUGAGGAAAUGUCCCAUCAUAACUGUAGAUGCCACACGCCCCCCACCGCCACCCCCUCUCAUUGCAGCAGGCUUUGAGGGCAUACAGUGUGCAGUUCAGGCCCCCUCUCUCUACCGAAACCAGACUUACAACAAACUGCAGCAUGUUCAGACACACACCUACGCCAACAGGACCAGCCAGCCUCUGGUGCCGGGGGCUGCUCAAGGAGCCACAUGCUGUCAGCUGGUGUCCUCAGUCAAUUUGGCCACAGCUAAGGACUCCAAGGCAGUGGUCACCUGUGUAGUGAUAGUGUUCUCUGUGCUGCUUUGCUGCUUGCCCAUGGGAGUUUCACUGGCACAGGAUGUCUUAUCACCAGAGAGCAGCUUUGCACAUUACCAGUUUGAACUGUGUGGUUUUGUGCUCAUUUUUCUCAAGUCAGGCAUCAACCCGUUUGUGUACUCGCGCAACAGCGCAGGUCUCCGCCGCCGUGUGCUGUGCUGCCUUCAGUGGGUGGCGUUGGGCUUUCUCUGUUGUAAGCAAAAGACUCGCCUGCAUGCUAUGGGGAAGGGCAGUUUGGAAGUCAAUCGCAAUAAAUCCUCCCAUCAUGAGACCAACUCAGCCUAUGUACUGUCACCCAAGCCACAAAGGAGGCUGGUGGACCAGGCCUGUGGGCCCAGUCACUCCAGGGAUUGUGCUGGCAGCCCAAGGGCCACAGGUGGACGCAAACCUCGCCCCCCGAGUACUUCUACACCCAUCAACACCCGAAUUGAGCCGUACUACAGUAUAUAUAACAGCAGUCCCUCUGCAGGGCCCAGCUCCCCAAACAGCCUGCAGCCUGUCAGCUCUCAGACAUUUGGCUUUGCUAAGUCCUAUGUAGCCAUGCACUACCACACCCACCAAGAAGCACUACAAGACUUUGAAAGCACCUCAGUGCAUCAGAUUCCCAUACCUUCAGUCUAA